AUGACAGUGUCCAAGCCGUGUCCCUCCGGGCCUAGCAGCCGCGCGGCCCGCAGCACGCCCGGGCGUCCACCGGCUCUGCCCUCCCCUGCAGUCCCAAGGCGACCGAUCUUCCUUUCCCGAGGCUCGGAUGGGGCGGAGGGGUGGGGUGGGGAGCGCAGGGAAGCUCGGGGAUCCGGCCCGGCUCCGCAGACGGCAGCUGCAGCCAGGCGAGGCGAGGCUCCGGGCGGAAUCCAGGAAGAGCCCGAGUCGUGCAGGCGACUGCGGCGGCCCGUCAAUCUCCUUGCUCCCGAGGCUCGGGGCGGUGCGCGCGGGGGAGUGGGUGGCGGGCUGCGCCCACACGCACGUGCGCCCCCCUCCACCUCCACAGGCACGCUCCUACUUACUGACCCCGGCGGCGACGGGAGCCAUGGCCGCCGACCGACCCCCGCGCGGCAGCCCCGCGCACCGCUCCGCGCCAAGCGCGCCCCAGAAGCGCUGCGGAAGGGCUUCAGGAAGCAGGAGGGCCGCCCCGGCUCCGGCUCAUCACCCCUCCGCCGGCCGCGGCAGCGCCGAUCCGGUCAGGCUUCUCAUUUGCAUGGAAAACACCCUGCAGCCGGCGAGGACCCCGGGACCCGAGCUGGCGCCCCAGCCUGGAGACAGCGCUUGGGUAAUUUACAUAUUUUAGGGUGGCCCCUCCCUCUCGCGGAGAAAGCGAGUCUCCGUGGGAACGGGCAGACCGGCCGCGUCCAGCCCGGCCCACCUGCCACGACCCCGCGGGGAGCCGCGGGCCGAGGGCGGGCCUCCUCCGACCCGUCCGCCCCGUUCGGGGGGCGCCCGCGGCACCCCCGCCUGGAACGCGCCUCGGCGGUUCCCCCUCGGUCCCCACGAGCGAUCGUCACUGCCAGCGGGCCAGGCGGCGUGCAGGUCCCACCUCCUGAGCCCCGCUCCGCUCCGCACAGCUGUCUCUGGUCCCGCAACCAAUCGCCAGAAGACAACAAUGCUGCGCGCGCCGGGCGCGGUGGAGGGGGCGAGCGGGGCGCCCGCCGCCCCGGCCAGGCGCUGGGCCCGGGGCGCCGAGGUCACGCCGAGUUAAAGGCGCCGGGCCACACGGCUGCGAACCCCAACCAAGCUCCGCCACUGCUAUUCCGCCCCUCCCCGCCCCCCUUCCUGCCUCCCCCCGUUUCCAACCGCUUAUCUCUUCCAUUGGGGUUUCCAAAAAUGCUUGCGAGCUAG